AGGGCGCCUUAUCCCUUUCCUCUGCCCGCGUCCUCCACUAACACCACGUUCACACCUCGAUGAUGGGAGUCACGGCUCCAAUCCCCACACCGCCUCUACUGCCUCGCCUCGUCCUUUCCCGCCCUCCGAGAAUUCUCCCCUUCGUUCGCCCCCAAAACGCUGGGUUCGGCCUCGAGGACCGACGACGCUCUCGCAUCUCGAUGGCGCUGCCUCUCGAUUCCUCCGCCUCUUUCACCGAAGCGAUCGGGACAUCUCAUGAUUCGGGACUGAAGGUAUCAUCCCCUAAUGUUGUUGGGGAGCAUGAUUUGUUGAUUGUAGGGCCAGGUGUACUUGGUCGUAUGGUAGCUGAAAAGUGGGAACAGGAAAAUCCCGGGUGCCAAAUCUUUGGACAGACGAUGACUACAGAUCACCAUGAUGAAUUGAUAAAAAUUGGAAUCAUUCCUUCUAAGAGAGGAACUAUAGCUGCUCAUCAAUUUCCAUAUGUUAUAUUCUGUGCUCCUCCAUCACGAACUGCAGAUUACCCUGCUGAUGUUAGAUUGGCGGCAUCAAACUGGAGUGGUGAAGGUUCUUUCCUGUUUACAUCAAGUACUGCUGCAUAUGAUUGCAGUGAUAAUGGUUUGUGUGAUGAGGAUUUUCCGGUAGUGCCGAUUGGUAGAAGUCCUCGGACAGAUGUGCUUUUAAAAGCAGAAAAUGCAACUUUGGAAGCUGGGGGCUGUGUUCUGAGACUAGCAGGGCUUUAUAAAGCAGAUAGAGGUGCCCAUGUUUAUUGUUUAGAGAAAGGAACUGUUGAUGCUCGUCCAGAUCAUAUACUAAAUCUUAUUCAUUAUGAGGAUGCUGCUUCCCUCUCAAUUGCCAUCAUGAAAAAGAAGCUUCAGGGUAGAAUUUUCUUGGGCUGUGACAAUCAUCCUCUCUCCAGGCAAGAGAUAAUGGAUUGUGUGAACCGAAGUGGGAAAUUUAACAAGAAGUUCCAGGGUUUUACAGGCACUGAUGGUCCUUUAGGGAAGAGGAUGAAUAACUCCAGAACUCGUGCUGAAAUUGGAUGGGAACCAAAAUAUGCAAGCUUUCCCGACUUCCUAGGCCUAACAGACUGAGUUUGGUCUUUUUCUGUUUCAUUCCAAGUUUGUUUUUUAACUGAGAUGAAAUGAAGCUGGAGAAAUGACAUUGAAUGAGUUUUGUGAUUAAAGUUAUAAUAAAACUGAGAGGUCUUACUCACUUGAAAUGACAUUGAAUGAGUUUUGUGAUUAAAGUUAUAAUAAAACCGAGAGGUCUUUC